AUGCCCAAAUCACCAGCACUGCCCAAACAACCAGCAACACCACCACCAUUCAACACCACCAACACUGCCCAAACCAAGACCACUAGUACCACCCCCACCACCAGCAACACUGCCACCCCCACCUCUACAGCCGCCCAGACCACCAGAACCACCACCAGUACCACCACCAGUACCACCAGCAGCACCACCAAAACAACCACACUGGUUGAGGAGUCACACAAGUCCAAGGCUUUGAGUUCAGGAAGUGUUGCAGCCAUUGUAUGUGUGUUCAUCGUAGCUGUCGUUAUGGUGUUAGUUGGGCUAUACUACUACAGGAUCAGACGGUCAUCCUACGGCCCUCUCAUGGACAACACUGACGUUGAUACUCUGGGAAACUUCACCAACCCCAUGUAUGACCCUUAGGUCUAAACUUUGGACUUCCGACACUAGAGAUGACUCCAAAAACACAAAGUCCUCAAGUCUGCAGAAAGAGCCAAUCUAAUAAAGAGUGUUUAAAGUGUGUGUAAUUAGUUUGGGGCAGUCAGGUUUAAAACUGUGACAUGUGUCCUGAUAGCUUGAUUGCACUCAGUUGGAAAAUGGAAAAGUAAUUGUGACUGUAUUUUCUUUCUUCUUCUGUACAAGCAGCCCAGGAAACAUGAAAGCAGAUAUAAUUGCAGUUUUACUCAGGUCAAUAGAGAUCAGAGAGAAUCUCACUUGAUAUUUUCAUAAAAAAGGAGUGGAUUAUAUGAACCAGGAUCUUUUUACAGUGGAAAAAAGCAUAAAAGAAGGACCAAAAGGUAACUCUAAGCAUUUGAAAAAUGAAUACAUGAAAAUUACAAUAUCCACGCUUAGAUUUACAUAUUUUAUACUUACCACAACAUGCAAAUAAUUUACAGUCGAUGAACGUCAUGACCAAUAAGUUCCCUGUUUUUAAUCAUGGAUUGUUCUUAAAGGCACCUUACUUAAAACAGUGAAAUGAUGCAAUAUCUGUCUCAUUAUCAGU